AUGGCCGAGCUCCAGCUUCCGGAUUACAAGACAUUGUCGAAGAGGAGAUACGGAUCCGCGCCCGAAGGCAGCAUCUGGGGCUUUUGGGACGAACUUCAUGGCGGCCCUGACAAACUCGGUUCCCUGAAUCUUCUGACGUCGGAGAGGGUCCUUGCAGCGAAAGAUGAGAUCAAGACCGGAAGCCGUGUGCAGCUCGACUGGUCGUUGAACAACCUCCGCCAUACGUUGCAUGACAGGCAGAGGCUCGAGCAAGAGAUCAUCGAUUACCUGCCCAUUGUGGGAGUCCAUGCUCACGACGACGUGCUCAAGUUCAAUACCCAGUGCGGGAGUCAAUGGGAUGGGUUUGGCCACUACGGUCAUCCCACAGGGGUCUACUACAACGCGGUAAAGCACGCUGACGUCAAAGGAGCGCCGGGCUCUUUGGGCAUCAACCAUUGGUGCGAGAGAGGCGGCAUCGUCGGGCGUGGCGUGCUUCUCGACUAUGUGAGGUACCUCGAGGACAAGGGCCUGCCGGUGCCGGAUCCUACCACGAAUCACGGGUUUACGGUCCGCGACCUCGAGGCUGUUGCGCAAUACCAGAAGCUCGACUUUAAGGUUGGGGAUCUGUUGUUCGUCCGCACGGGGUUUGUGCGCUGGUACGACAAUGCGCCUGACGGGGAGCGACAGCGAUGCAUGGGCGGAGAGAAGUCCACAUUCAUCGGCCUCCAGGGAUCUGAGGAGGCCAAAGAGUGGCUCUGGGAUCAUCACUUCGCCGCGCUCGCCUGCGACACGUUUGCGUUUGAGGUGAAUCCGCCUACUGAGGUCGUGCUGCACGAGACAGUCCUGCCUCUCUGGGGCACCCCGAUUGGGGAGAUGUUCAACCUGGAACAGCUGUCCGACAUGUGCCAUCAGCAACAGCGCUGGAGCUUUUUUGUGACAAGCGCCCCCUUGAAUGUCCCAAAUGGGGUCGGGAGCCCUCCGAAUAUCAUAGCAAUUUUCUGA